UUCUCCCUCAAAUGAAGAGAGCUAAUUAGGAUAGACACGAACAAGAUUUCUCCCUCUUUAGGGCUUGCCUGAUGGUUCAGUGGUUGGGAAUCCACCUGCCAAUGCAGGGGAAGCAGUUUCUAUUCCUGGUCUAGGAAGAUUCCACAUGCCACGGAGCACCUAGGUCCCUCUGUCAUGACUACUGAGCCCGUUCUCUGCAGCGAGAGAAGCCCCUGCAAUGAGGAGCCCAUGCACUGCAGCGAAGAGUAGCCCCUGCUCCCGGCAACUAGAAAGUUUGAGCGCAUCGACAAAGACCCAGCACAGCCAAAAAGAAUUUGUAAAAAAGAAUUUUUAAAGAACAAAGAUCCCUCUUUGGAGUCCUACAAGCAUUUGAGAAAUACCGUGUCUUAUUCCGAUUGCAGCAGAACCCAAGCACCACUUCUUACUAUCCCCCCUCUCAGUCAUCAAACACUGUAUUCUUCCUAAAUCCGACAGAGGAUGAGAUGGUUGGAUGGCAUCACUGACUCAAAGAACAGAGUUUGAGCCAACUCCUGGAGAUAGUGAAGGACAGGGAAGCCUGGCAUGCUGCAGUUCAUGGGGUCGCAAAGAGUCGGACACGACUUAGCAACUGAACAACAACAACAAAAUUCUAUUUAUAUCUGUCACAUUCUCCAAGCUCCUUUAGUUUUGCUUCACCCAAGCUACUGUUCAAGCCUCCUCCUUGGACUACCCUACCUGCAGCCCACCUUGACCCAGAAGGGUGCCUUGCUUUCAACAUCCGGAUCUGGUCCUGUCCUCCUCUGCUCAAAUUCUUCCAUAUCCCACUCCACACUGCCCAAAGGUAACAUCAAAGCCCCUGUCAAGGCUUUCAGUGUCUGACCCUCCCUGUAUUCCCACUCUCAGCUCCAUUUUACCCUCAGUUGUAAGCUCCCUGACACACAUGGUUAACAGAACACUUCCAAGAUCAAAUGAGUUACUCCUGCCACGAAUCUCUGUCCCACAGGUUUGUCAGAUUUCUCCAGGACUAUCAAAAAUACAUGUGACAUGACUUGGGGGGAAAUUCAAGGAUCGUGCAACCCAUUUUCUCCACCUACAGCCGCAAAAGCAAUUGGGAAGAGAUACUGCAAAAGAGGGAAGGGUCCCGCUGGAGGCGGGGGAGGGCUAUCUAGAGCAGGCUUACUCCCUUUGGGGGAGGAAAAGCCUCGUUUCGGUCUCUGCACUGUCCACCCUGGAAUUCCAGGGGACCUAAAUCAAUCCCCACCUUCUCGAACGGCGCCUCUCUCCCCACCCCACGCUUGACCCUCUUCUGGAAUGCACCAGAACAGCUGUAGGACCAAGGGUGAUAUGCUGGCGAUUCGAGAAGAACCCAAGCCGAACUGGAACAGAGCGUGGUGGGGUUCCUAGACAGGCAGGAUCCCGGUCCCUGCUACGUUCCUGGGGCCAUGUCCGGCCUGGGCCCCGGCGGAGGCGAUUCAGAGGGCGGACCCCGGCCCCUGUUUUGCAGAAAGGGGGCUCUGAGGCAGAAGGUGGUCCAUGAGGUCAAGAGCCACAAGUUCACCGCUCGUUUCUUCAAGCAGCCGACCUUCUGCAGCCACUGCACUGACUUCAUAUGGGGGAUUGGAAAACAGGGUCUGCAAUGUCAAGUCUGCAGUUUUGUGGUUCAUCGACGAUGCCACGAAUUUGUGACCUUCGAGUGUCCAGGCGCUGGGAAGGGCCCCCAGACGGACGAUCCCCGGAACAAGCACAAGUUCCGUCUUCACAGCUACAGCAGCCCCACCUUCUGCGACCACUGUGGCUCCCUGCUCUACGGACUGGUGCACCAGGGCAUGAAGUGUUCUUGCUGCGAGAUGAACGUGCACCGGCGCUGUGUGCGCAGCGUGCCCUCUCUGUGCGGCGUGGACCACACAGAGCGCCGGGGGCGCCUGCAGCUGGAGAUCCGGGCGCCCACUUCCGAUGAGAUCCACGUCACGGUUGGUGAGGCCCGGAACCUCAUCCCAAUGGACCCCAAUGGUCUCUCCGAUCCCUAUGUGAAGCUGAAGCUCAUCCCAGACCCUCGGAAUUUGACCAAACAGAAGACCCGCACGGUGAAAGCCACGCUAAACCCUGUGUGGAACGAGACCUUUGUGUUCAAUCUGAAGCCCGGGGACGUGGAGCGCCGGCUUAGCGUGGAGGUGUGGGACUGGGACCGGACCUCCCGAAACGACUUCAUGGGCGCCAUGUCCUUCGGCGUCUCGGAGCUGCUCAAGGCGCCGGUGGACGGCUGGUACAAGUUACUGAACCAGGAGGAGGGCGAGUAUUACAAUGUGCCGGUGGCUGACGCCGACAACUGCAACCUCCUCCAGAAGUUCGAGGCCUGUAACUACCCUCUGGAACUAUACGAGAGGGUGCGGACGGGUCCCUCCUCCUCUCCCAUCCCCUCCCCAUCCCCCAGUCCCACCGACUCCAAGCGCUGUUUCUUCGGGGCCAGCCCUGGACGACUGCACAUCUCGGACUUCAGCUUCCUCAUGGUUCUAGGAAAAGGCAGUUUUGGGAAGGUGAUGCUGGCCGAGCGCCGGGGCUCCGAUGAGCUCUACGCCAUCAAGAUCCUGAAGAAAGACGUGAUCGUCCAGGAUGACGACGUGGACUGCACCCUGGUGGAGAAACGCGUGCUGGCCCUGGGGGGCCGAGGCCCCGGAGGCCGGCCACACUUCCUCACCCAGCUUCACUCCACCUUCCAGACUCCGGACCGCCUAUAUUUUGUGAUGGAGUAUGUCACCGGGGGCGACUUGAUGUACCACAUCCAACAGCUGGGCAAGUUUAAGGAACCCCACGCAGCGUUCUACGCCGCAGAAAUCGCCAUCGGCCUCUUCUUCCUCCAUAACCAGGGCAUCAUCUAUCGGGACCUGAAACUGGACAACGUGAUGCUGGAUGCCGAAGGACACAUCAAAAUCACCGACUUCGGCAUGUGUAAGGAGAACGUCUUUCCCGGGAGCACCACUCGAACCUUCUGCGGGACCCCGGACUACAUAGCCCCCGAGAUCAUUGCCUACCAACCCUACGGGAAGUCUGUUGAUUGGUGGUCCUUUGGGGUUCUGCUCUACGAGAUGUUGGCAGGACAGCCACCCUUUGAUGGAGAAGACGAGGAGGAGCUGUUUCAAGCCAUCAUGGAACAAACUGUCACCUACCCCAAGUCACUUUCCCGGGAAGCUGUGGCCAUCUGCAAGGGGUUCCUCACCAAGCACCCGGCCAAGCGCCUGGGCUCGGGCCCGGAUGGAGAACCCACCAUCCGCGCUCACGGCUUUUUCCGCUGGAUCGACUGGGACAGGCUGGAACGAUUGGAGAUCGCGCCUCCGUUCAGACCCCGCCCGUGUGGCCGCAGCGGCGAGAACUUCGACAAGUUCUUCACUCGGGCGGCGCCGGCCUUGACACCCCCUGACCGCCUGGUUCUGGCCAGCAUCGACCAGGCCGAGUUCCAGGGCUUCACUUAUGUCAACCCGGAUUUCGUGCACCCGGAUGCCCGCAGCCCCAUCAGCCCAACGCCUGUUCCAGUCAUGUAAUCCCACCUGCCGCCACCAGGCGUCCCCACGGCUCCCUCCUCCGCCCCGGCCUUGGUCCUCGCCUUACCAUGCCACCCCCGUUUCCAAUUCUAGACCUGGCUCCCCAGCGUUCUGGCCUCUGCCCCGCCCCUCGGGCUCUAACCGCCCCGCCCAAGCGUUCCUGGCAUUCCGCACUCCCAGUACGAUCUCUAGAGUCUUACCGUGCGCUAGAUUCUGCUGCUGUUGAGCCCUAGAUUCCGACCUGCCUGAGCGUCCUGGACUCUGUCCCACCAAUUUACAGAACCGCCGACACCAUCCCAGUUCUUCUUCUUCUUCUUUUUUUUAUUUUCGUUUUGUUCUUCCUUCUUCUUCUUCCUGGGAAAUAGUCUCAUGGGGUGGGCUGUUCUAGACUAGGAUUCCAGAACAUCCCCCACCUCCGAGGCCCCACCCACCGCCGCUCCAGUUCCGGAGUAAGUGGGAGGCUGUGCCCCCUUGCUCCAGUGCCCCUGUUCUGCGCUCUAGGGAUUCCUGGGACGUAUGGAAGAUACCCCCCCCCCCAGUCUGUUCUCCUUCAGCUUUCGUCCCAGGCUCCCCCACCCCCAGACCCAUCACCGCAUGGCUCCUCCAGUCCUGCUUGGAACCCCACCUCUACCCAAAUGCCUGCCACUCUUGGGACUCUCUGCGAUCCCCUCUUCUGCCCGGCCACAGCUGCUGGAGAAUAAAUUUGGGAUGCUGAUGCUCAA